UUGAUUUUUACUAAACUAUUUUCUAAUAACUAUUAUAAUUUUUUUUUCAAUAUAUAUAAGAAAAAUACAAUCAAAGCUCAAUUUCAAACACUAAUUUAAAUUAUGGUUUUUAUAUUAACAUUUAUAGAUAGCUCAGCUGGGUCAAUAUAUAUAUAUAUAUAUAUAUAUAUAUAUAUAUAUAUAUAUAUAUAUAUAUCCGUUCGAGUUUAAUCCCAGCUCAGUUAAAAAUGUAUAUGUAUCAGAAGCAAGUUGAUAUAAUAUUUUGGGUUAAUGAUCCAUCGUCCAUAGCAAAUAUUGGAUAUAAAUUACAAAGAGAAAGGUUGUUGGAUUAGAUAAGAUUAAAAUAAGGCAAUAUAAAUAUUCAUCCGAUGGUCAACAUGAACAAAAUAAGUUAUUAUAAUGUCUGUCUUUCGGGCUCUGCUCAAACCACAACUUUAGAUGCUUCCGGUUCAUAAAGCACUAUGUAAUGAGUAGGAACCUUCCAACUCCGUCACCAGAUUCUGUAAUAUUUUUCUUACGUUGAACUUCAACAAUACUAAAUUAGGUUUAAUGUGCAUGUAAAUAAGUAUUUUCUAGAAUAUAUGUACUUUUUAGAUAUAACUUCAACUAGACUGAAAUAUACUACAAAUUAUGAAUUUUCUAUUUUAACUUCAAAUAAAUGGUUGUGUAAUCAAGUAAUAUAAUGACCACCUCGCCUGAUUGAUUACAAGGACAAUGGACUUCCAGAAGUACCAAACGUUGGGCCAAAAACAAUCACUGGGACCAAAACAAACAAACAAACACUAAGCAAAGCAAUGAACUCAUUUGGAGCCCAAACAAUACAUAUAUAUAGACUUCUAAAUUCACUAGGAUAUCGAAAGAUUCACAUGCUAUGGCUUGAUUCUGCAACUAAGCGGAUCAAGAAAAAAAAAAGACAUUUACUCGUUACUAACAUUCUUUUCUCAUUUUUAAUUAGAUUGAACUGAUCUCGAAUUUCACACAAGAUAUUUAUUCACUAAUCGAGAAAUGAUUGUAGCAGUUUUGAUGUUUCUUUCAAAAUCCUAAAUAAUAGUUUUUAUUCAACUACCUAAAAAUCCAUAUUACGUAUUUUAUCAACUUCUUAAAAUGAUUAAUUUAGUUUCGAUUUUCCACGUUAAAACUGAUUUUGUUUAUACAAUUAAAGCAGAGUACAUUCACAAAUCACAAUUUAAUAUAGUGUACUGGCUAGUUUUAUAAGCUUCAUGUCUUUUGUCAAACUAUUAUAUGUUACGAUAUCUUCUUAUUUUCCAUGCAGGAUAUUCGAGAAAUAUCAUGAAUUCAAACCAAUCCAUGUUCGUUCCAUAUCUUAACAAUUUUUUUUAAAAAUUAAAUAUAGAAUUAUUUCCGAAUUUCCAUUUGCAUGUUAGUUUAUCAGUUCCAAGAAGUAGGGGAAUAGAGGAAAGCAAGUGUCGCACUAUCAACGAUGAAAGAGUGACACCCAUCAUAGACUCUAAGAGCAGCAGCAAUGGUAUUAUCCAAAAUUUUUUUUUAAAAAAAAUGUAUUUUAAUUUUUUAAUUUUUUAACUUUUUUCAGAUUUAAAAAAAAAUAUAUCAAUCAAUCACGGAUCGUCACAUAUCGUGAAAACUCGCAAAUAGUACAAAAAUCCAUUAAAAAAUAAUUAUUAUUUAAAAAUUUUAAGGAUUGAAUCUUUACUUUUUGAUAAAAUUCACUGAUUAUUUAAUUAUUUAUUUUUAAAGACUUCCCCUUAAAAACUUUCAUUGCAGCUAACUAUCUUAUAAAGUAUUCAUUUUUUCUCCGUUACUCAUCAUAUUACUAGACUUUAGUACUACUAGUUCUUUCUCAUGCAUCUUAAGAGCCAUUGACAGAUUUGUAGUAAGUAGACAACGAGAUUUAUAUUUACAAUGAAGUCAUAAUUAACAUAAUGACGGAUUUACCCGAGUGAACACAUUUUUCUCUACAAUUUUGUUACCGAAGUUGGUAACUCAACCGAUUCAAUGCGUAGUUUAUAUUCUGAUCGUCUUUAACACUAACACCAACUACAAACAUAAGGCUGCAUGUUUAACUUCCUAAGUUAAAAAGAAACUAUAAAAGACUUCAUGAUUGCAAGAGCAAAUAGCUACAAAAACCUCUCUCUACCUCUCGCAUCUCCCUAACCCUCUCCUAAACCUAAACGCGUCUCCUCCGCCGCCGUGCGCCUCGCCGGUAGGCGGAGCCUCUCUCUCCCUUAUCUCCUUUUCCUGUUUGCUCCUCUGUUUCUCCGGUUCUGUAAGCCGAUAUGUCUAAGUUCUGGUCCUCUAUGGCAAAAUCGUUGUUCAGAUCCGCCGGUGGUGGUCCUUGAAGUCGGUGGAGGCUAUAGAUCUGGAAGGAGGGUGAGGUUUAUAGGCCGGGUGUUUGCAGUGGAGUCGGCGUUUAGGAGCUUGUCUGCUUAAACCGGUGAUUUUCUCUUCUUUCCGGUCAGCUUGUCAGUGGCGAAGAUGCGUGGAUCAGCUUCAGAGGUGGAUCUUCCAGAUCUUGCGGUUAUGGGCUUCAUUGUGGAUGGAUCUGUCCUCUCUGCCCUCGUCUUCUCCGGCUUCCUCCGUGGAGUUUUCCGGUGACUCUGCGGCUUAUGACAUCUUCUCCGUCGUCUCUUGCGGCUCCUUGACCAGUGGGGUUCAGAGCGUCUGGAGGUUGAAGCAACAUCCUUCGGUUCUCGACGGGUGCGCAUGUCUGGUGGGAUGGUGGGGUAGUCUGGUCAACGUCUCACUCUCUCCCGGUUGGCGGCGCGUGUGGAGUGGAUUCUGCGCAGCUUUGGCUCCGAUCCUCUCGGGUCGGUAGGGGUCUAUCUUCUUUGCUUUUUUUGAUGUUCUGUCUGAAGCCGGUGAGGUGGCUUUUGCCAGGUUCCGCUUUCUUGCUUGAUUACAAGGAUGUGACCAUCAAGGCUCCGGUGGAGUCGUGCUGUAUCUACGGUGAAAGGCCGUUUACGAGCUAUUGCUUUAGUGGCCGUGACGGUUUAGUAAACGUUGGGUUCAGGAUCAGUUUGCAAUUGAUUUUGGGCUGUGUCUUGUAAUCUUUUUUUAUCACGAAUAAAUGCUCGGUUUGUUGGAGCUAGUGCUUGACCAGUGGGGGUGGCUGGUUUCCGGAUGGUGGAUGCGAAUGCCGUCUUCUGCGAGCUGUUCUUGGUCGGGCCAGAUCAUUAAGAACAGAUCAUCGGGGAGGCCAAAAUUACUGGAUUCUGUGUCUCGGUUUAACUGUAGCCUUUCUUUUUGCGGUAAGCAGCUGUGCGGUUUAGUUGAGGCCUCUGUUUCCGGCUUAUGUCAUGUUGUGUCGGUCUUGCUUACACUAGAUCGAGUCAUUGUUUAGUUUUAUUUUCUUUCAUCCACUUCUUGUUGUCUUUGUAUUUCUGUCAAAAAUCUGAAAAUUGGUGAUAAUAUUUUUACAUUUUUACCAAAAAAAAGAACAAAUAGCUAAAUUCCCAAUAUUUUUUUAAUAUACAAUAUAAAUUAAUAGAUUUUUCUGCAAAAUUAGGUCAUAUUUAAAAAUCUUAAUCAUAAAUUAAACUGUAACUCAACGUGUAUUGAUCAUUUUACGACCCCUAUGUAAGCGAAAAUAGAAUAAAUGUCUUCUCCUGGUCAGCAUGUAAAGUAAAUCUAGGCAGAAAUCAACUAUUUCAAGAACUGUUAAAAUACUAAGAAAUUGAUGUUUUGCUUUGUUCAGCAAGGGAAAUAGAAGGAAGUGAAUAAAAGGUUUAAUAAGUAGUGGUAGAAAAUUAGGUACUUCGAGCCGAAGCACCUAAAGAAUGGUUGAGCCAUGUGUUCCAAGUCGUUUGCCAUGACGUCCAUCAUGUUGACACGUCGUAUACAAGUAUGACAUGUUCCAUUUUUGCGUGUACGUAGAUACUCUCUCCCUUAUUUAUUUUUGUUAUUUCUUAUUGUUAUACAUAUCUUGAAACAAAAUUGAAGUACCUGUUUGAAACUUAAACGGCGAAACUUAUAACCUAAGUAAGAACAAAAAUCCUACAAUCGUAAGUGUUGCAGAAUAGAAAAAGAUAGAAUCGGAUAUGAAUGUAAUCUAAGUUAAAUUAUAGUGUUUUGUCAUCACUCAGAUAUUCAAAUGAAAUCAUUCAUCUUAUACUACAAAUUUAUAUAUGAAAGUAUGGGAAAUGGAAGUAAAAUAAAGUACGGGAAACCGAAUUUUACGGAGUACUAAGUCAUAUUAUCGAAUUUUUACUUUUGUAAGCAUAAUGGUCUAGAGAGAACUCGCGUGAGUGAUAAUCAAAACAGUGGUCGGGGGUCGCUUUCUUGUAACACAGAGACAGAGACGUGAAAUAAAUAAAACGAGAUUCCUUAGUAUACAUAUACUCACACGUAGAAACUCAUACACAUGCCACGUAAGAAUACGUAUACUCAUGACGUGUCCAUGAAUAUAUAUAUAUAUAAACGUACGCUUCAGUUUCCGCAUUCAUUACCAAUUUAGUUUGAAAUUAGUAACCAGCCCUCAAAGAACACACCACCAUGGAAGAAGAGCAACCUCCGGCCAAGAAGCGAAACAUGGGACGAUCUAGAAAAGGUUGUAUGAAAGGCAAAGGCGGUCCACAGAACGCUACGUGUACCUUCCGUGGAGUUAGGCAACGGACUUGGGGUAAAUGGGUCGCUGAGAUCCGUGAGCCUAAUCGUGGCACCCGCCUAUGGCUCGGCACUUUCAAUACCUCAGUGGAAGCCGCCAUGGCGUACGAUGAAGCCGCUAAGAAACUGUAUGGACACGAGGCUAAACUCAACUUGUUGCACCCACAACAACAACAACAAAAGCAAUGUGUAAAUAGGAACUUGUCUUUUUCUGGCCACGGGUCAGGUUCUUGGGGAUAUAAGUUCGACACGGUUCGUGGGUUGGAGCUUGGUCUCGGUACGUCAAAUGAGGCACGUGGUUCGUGGUCGGGAGGUUUUAGUUUUCUACAAGAAGAUGAUUAUCAUAAUUCUAAUCGGUACGUAUCUUCAAGUGGGUCAAAUCUUUCUUGGUUAUUACCCAAACGAAGUAGUUCACAAGAUCAAGAAAGUGUUAAUGCUGCGAGUGGUAGUGGCGGCCAGACGUUUUCGACGAAGUUGAAACCUCAGAACUUGAUGAUGACUCCUUCGGACUACGGAUCAUCAAAUGGAGUUUGGUCUAGGUUUCUUGCGGGACAACAAGAGAAUAAGAUUGAAUAUGACGUGUCAUCAUCUUGUGGCUCGUCGGACAAUAAGGAGAGUGUGUCGGCUCCUAGUGGUGAGUCAGGUGACGCUGGAGAAGGGUUGCAUAGGCCGGAGGUGGAGGAGGAAACAGGGUAUUUGGAGAUGGAGAAUCUUUUGGAGAUUGAUGAUUUGGGCUUGUUGAUUGGCAAGAACGGAGACUUCAAGAAUUGGUGUUGUGAUGAGUUUCAACAUGCAUGGAAUUGGUUCUGAGAGAGUUUUGCUUAUUCUGUCACUGUCAUUAUUUAUUUAUUAUAAUUUAUCUCUUAAGUUUGAUAUCUUAGGAUUAAAUAAUUGUUACAUACUUUUUCCCUACUGGCAUGUAGUAUGUGUAUAAAUAGGUUUGAGCAUGUUUUAAA